AUGGCUUUUACAUUCAUCAGAAUCAAUCUUGUCUCUCUAGUCAUCCUUCUCUGUUGGUUUAUAGCAGUGGACAAUACAGUAGCAGAAGUAAGAAACAUAUCUGCAACACCAGCGGUGGCAAAUGGGGCAGUGUACUUCCCAUCAUGGAAUGGAUAUUUGUAUGCAGUCAAUGCCUUCAAUGGUACUCUUAUAUGGAAGCAAAACGUCGGCGAGUUAACUGGGUUGCCGGGAACCGGGACUGUGGUGAACGUGUCGGUGUCUAGAGCCACUCCGACGGUGGCCGGAAACCUUUUUUAUAGUCGGAAUUUAUGGACCUGCGGUGGUGAUUGCCGUCUCACGGUGGACUGGAGAGCUUGUUUGACUAGGAGGCUCACCGGGGCAGCUAUAUGGGGAGGCAUCCCCGCCAUCAACAUUGCCAGGGGGAUUGUUUACGCGAGCACUGGCAACCUCUACACGGCUCCACCAGAGGUGUUGCGGUGUCCGGAAGCUCAGAAUAAUCAAACAAGACCAAGUAGUCCAGAUCAGUGCAUUGGACCAGAUGUUAAUUUCAACUCAAUUUUGGCGUUUGACAUUGGUUCUGGAAAGAUUGUGUGGUCUAAGCAACUAGGGGGCUAUGAUAUUUUUUAUUUUGCAUGUUUGGUUCCUAAUAAUCCUGAUUGUCCACCGGGACCUAAUCUGGAUGCUGAUUUUGGGGAGGCUCUGAUGCUGCUAAGCAUAUUUGUCAAUGGAACGAUACGCAAUUUGGUGGUAGCAGUGCAGAAAAUUGGCUUUGCAUGGGCUCUUGAUCGUGACAAUGGCAAUAUAGUUUGGUUUAAGGAGGCAAUGAAGGAGGAGGGACAUUGGGGCGCAGCCACAGAUGGAAAGAGAGUAUACACAAACAUAGCCAACAGCAACAGAGAAAGCUUCACACUUGCACCAUCAACCCAAACCACAACAGCAGGGCCGAUCACGUUGGCCAACGGAGUCCUUUUCUCCGGCUCUGUGGCUCCUAAUGGCCCUCUAUACGCCAUGGAUGCGAAAACCAGGACUAUUUUGUGGUCAUUCAAGACUGGUGCUACUAUAUAUGGGGGAGUCUCAGCAAGCUAUGGCUGCAUUUACCUUGGUAAUGGAUAUACAGUUGCUCCGGGAACUUUCCACCCAUCUUGGACUCCACAAACUUCACUCUAUGCUUCUGCAUUGCAUGAAGUGAUUGUUGCGUCCGCCAAAACUUUUAUCAAAUUUUAG